UUAAAACAACAACAACAACAACAAACUACGAUUUUGCUUACUUUGUUUGCUUUUUCACUUCUUCCAAACAACAUUCAGAGAUAUAGAGAAAGAGAGAGAGAAGGUUCUCUGCUAUCAGGAUUCAGGGUUGCUUGCUUCCUGCAGAAGAUUGAAAAGGAACAAGAUAAACCAAAAAAACAAGUAUACUAUCAUCGCCAGAAGAAGAAGAAGAAGAAGAGAAGCAACGGUGGCUUUUUCUAUUAUAUAUAUAGUUGGUAGUGACUUGUGAGAAAUCAAAAUCUAUUGAUUUCGUUUCGUGCCAAGCCAAGCCAACCUGCUUAUUCUCACAAUUUUCAUCUUCUCACACGUUAUCUACUCUAACUAUCUUCCCUACCAAUCCAACAUUAUUUUCGCUUUCUCUAACUUUUUUUUUUCAUCGGAAAACAACAACAUAAGAUCAAUCAUAACUGUUUCCUUUUCCCAAUUUUGUUAUCACACGCACGCGCUGUCUGUCUGCCUCUCUUGUUGGAUUUUCGGUUUCCUCUUACUGGCUGUCGGGUCGGGUCGCAAUCCGGGUUUGUUCUUCUCUGGGUUUCGUCAUUUGUGUUGGUACUUCAUUGUUGCUCACGUGGCUCUGUUUUUCCGCUUUUAACUAGGGUUUGAGAGACGAUCCAAGGUUAAAGUUUGCUUUUUUCCACGUUUUUCUCUCAUGGGUAUGUUGAUACUUGAGCUCUUGUUGCUGGGUUAAGCUUUGGAUUGAUUGAUUUGGAAUUUCGUCGCCAAAGUUUUGUUUUUUUGUGUGGAUGGGUGGACUCGUUUCUGUAAUCUGAGAAUUCUUUGACCCUUUUCUGUUUUGGGUAAAGUGAUUGCUUGUGUGGUUAAGAAAAGGCUAGGUUGGAUUGGAUUGGAUUGCUUUGGUGUUGUUGCUGAUUGCUUGAUUUGUUAACUCAACCCCUUUGUUUGGCCUUGAUUGUGAUUGAGGCUUUUGUUGUUGUGGUGGAUAAGAUGAGUUCUUCUAGCUUCAAUAGAAGUAUGACAGUCCAUGGGAGCCAGCUGCUGGUUCAUAUUGCUGAGAAUGGACACUCCUUUGAGUUGGACUGUGAUGAGAACAUGCUUGUUGAGGCUGUGAUGAGGUCUAUUGAAUCGGUUACUGGGAUUAGCUUCAGUGAUCAACUUGUUCUUUGUCUGGAUAUGAAGCUUGAGCCGCAGCGGUCGCUCGCGGCGUACAAGCUUCCAUCUGAUGAUAGGGAAGUGUUCAUAUUCAACAAAGCGAGGCUUCAGAAUAACUCGCCGCCUCCACCUCCGGAGCAAGUCGAUAUCCCCAAUUUGGAGCCACCAUCAUUGUCGUCCCCUCGUGAUCGGCACCCUCUUGAUGAUGCUUUGGAUCCUGCUUUGAAGGCUUUGCCUUCUUAUGAGCGGCAAUUUAGGCACCAUUAUCAUCAGGGGCAUGCAAUUUAUACUGGUACCAUGGUGAAGUAUGAGCAUUGUGAGAGGCUUUUGAGAGAACAGAUGGUCCAAGAAAGAGCAGUGGAGGUUGCAAGGGGUAAUUUGGAUCAGUACUAUAGAAUGAUUAACCAAAACUAUGGAGAUUUCAUGAAACGUUAUAUGCAUCAAUACAGGAUUCAUUCUGAUCUUUUGGUAAAUUUUGGAAAGGGUAUUGAGAAACUAAGAUCUGUCAAACUUCACCCUGCUUUGCAAACUGCUAAUCGCAAAUGCUUACUGGAUUUGGUGAAGGAAGAAAACUUGCGGAAGUCAGUGGAUAAUUGCACUAGCUCCCACAAGCAGUUUGAGAAUAAAGUGUCACAAUUCAAGCAGACUUUUGGGGAAGUGAAGCGCCGGGUUGAGGACUUGUUGUCCAGCAGGGCUUUCUUGCCCAUCAAAAACUUAGAACAAGCAAUUAAAGAACAUCAGAGAUUUAUAACUGAACAAAAGAGUAUCAUGCAAUCUCUGAGCAAGGAUGUUAACACUGUAAAGAAACUGGUGGAUGAUUGUCUGUCCUCUCAGUUGUCCUCCUCGCUCCGUCCUCAUGAUGCGGUUUCAGCACUGGGUCCUAUGUAUGAUGUUCAUGACAAAAGCCACUUGCCUAAAAUGCAGGAUUGUGAUCAUGCUAUUUCUAAGCUACUUGACUUUUGCAAGGAAAAGAAGAAUGAAAUGAACAUCUUUGUCCACAAUUACAUGCAAAACAUCACUUAUGUUUCUUAUCUCAUCAAAGAUCAGAAGCUACAAUUCCCUGUGUUCAAAGAGGCAAUGGUUCGUCAGGAUGGUUUGUUCGUGGAUUUAAAGUUGUUCCAUGGUAUUGGUCCUGCAUAUAGAGCUUGCCUUGCAGAAGUAGUGAGACGGAAGGCUUCUAUGAAGUUGUACAUGGGCAUGGCUGGGCAAUUGGCUGAAAGGCUUGCUACAAAACGGGAGGCUGAGGUAAGGAGACGGGAGGAGUUUUUGAGAGCUCAUAGUUCAUGCAUUCCUAGAGAAGUAUUAGCAUCUAUGGGGUUGUUUGACACUCCUAACCAAUGUGAUGUCAAUAUAGCUCCAUUUGAUCUUGGUUUGCUUAAUAUUGACAUAAUAGAUGUGGAUCGUUAUGCUCCUGAGCAUCUAGUAGGAGUAACUUCCAAGCUGGAGAAGCAUGGAAGCUUCAAAAGCUCAUCUACUUUGACUAGUGAUAGCUCUCACUUGACCGAGUCUGUAGAUAUUGCUGCUGACUCAAUUGAGAGAUAUGAUUCUGAAGACCUUCUUGAUGGCAGUGAGUUGAUAGAAAUUGCAGGAACCUCUAAGUUGGAAGUUGAGAAUGCAAAACUGAAAGCUGAGCUUGCUUCUAGAAUAGCUUUAAUAUGUUCCCUCUGCCCUGAGGUAGAGUACGAGUCACUGGAUGAUGAAAGGGUUGAUAAUAUACUGAAGAAUGCCACUGAGAAGACAACAGAAGCCUUGCGUUUGAAAGAUGAAUAUGUCAAACAUGUUCAAUCCAUGCUCAAGAUGAAACAGUUACAAUGUGUGUCAUAUGAAAAACGUAUUCAAGAAUUGGAGCAGAAAUUGUCUGAUCAGUAUGUGCAGGGCUUGAAGACAUCUAGUGUAAAUGAUGCAGGUGACUUUCCCCUUGUGGCUGGGAAGACAGAUAAUUACAAGUCAGAAUGCACUAGUGGUGAAGCCCACAUGCCUUACAUAUCUACUACUGAACCCAUGGAUGAAGUUUCAUGCAUCUCAAGCUCCUUGGAUGCAAAACUUGGCCUGUUCACAGAACAUACUGGUAAAACUCUAGAUGGGCUGGACGAGAACAUGUUGGAUUCCUCUGGAGUACAGAACCCUCAGUUAGAUUCAUCUAUGAUGGAACCUCAUCGUGAAGAAGCACAAAGUGGUGAUAAAGAUAAAAAAGAUAAGAUAGUGGGACAAUUGGGCUUGUCACUAACACACAGUUCUACUGCUGAGAGCAUGCCUGUAUCACAUUCAGCAGUUUGUCCAGAAUUGGAUUCAAAAGUAAAUGAUGACAAGUUGUUGGAAUUACGAAGUGAGCUUGCAGAUAAGGCAAAUCAAUUAAAUGAAAAUGAAACCAAGCUCAAAGCUGUUAUGGAGGAGGUUACUGUGCUCAGGAGGGAGUUGGAAGCAAGUCGAAAACUACUUGAUGAAUCUCAGUUGAAUUGUGCUCAUCUGGAGAAUUGUUUGCAUGAGGCAAGAGAGGAAGCUCAGACACAAAAAAGCUCUGCUGACAGGAGGGCCUCAGAGUAUAGUUCACUGCGUGCAUCUGUUAUAAAAACGCGGAGCUUUUUUGAAAGACUCAAAACCUGUGUUUAUUCUCCUGGUGGUGUGGCUGCUUUUGCAGAUUCCCUGCGCAAUUUAGCGCAAUCUUUGGCCAAUUCUGCUAAUGACAGAGAUGAUGAUGACAUUGCUGAGUUCCGAAAAUGCAUUCGUGUAUUGGCCGAUAAAGUUGGUUUCUUAUCCAGGCACCGUGAAGAACUGCAUGAGAAGUAUACAAGAAUGGAAGCUGCCAACGAACAACUUCGGAAAGAAUUGGAGGAGAAAAUAGAUCAGGUCAAAACUUAUUACAAUAAGCAUCAACUUGAGAAGCAGGCAAAUAAAGAGAAGAUUUCUUUUGGUUGUCUGGAAGUUCAUGAGAUUGGCGCCUUUGUGCUCACUCCAGGUGGGCACUAUGAGGCAAUUAGCAGGAACUGCUCUAACUACUACUUAUCUGCUGAAUCUGUGGCCCUGUUUACAGAGCAUCUUCCAAGCAGACCUAACUACAUUGUUGGACAAAUUGUGCAUAUUGAACACCAAAUUGUGAAGGCAGUGCCUGAGCAUGGUAAAUUGACCCCUGACAAGUUGGCCUUGAAUUCAGGAUCAACUUCUUCAAACCCAUAUGGUCUCCCUGUUGGCUGUGAAUAUUUUCUAGUGACAGUAGCCAUGUUACCUGAUACCACCAUUCAUUCAUCUUCUCCUUCCUGAUCCUGCUUCAUCGUGGCGGCAGAUUAGACGUGAUGGAAGAAUUCAAUUGUACAUUAACAACAACAUUCGGGGUCCAAAUGCUCAUUAUUAUGAGUGUUAAAGCAGUUUAACCAUUUGUACAGCUGAUGAUGAACCCUUAUUCUGUUUCUAUCUCCCCGCUUUGUACAUAUUUCUGUCUUCUAUGACAUUUCAUAAAUUGUGAAUAUUGUUUACAACUUUUCGUUUUGA